AGUAUGUAUACAAAUAAAGGUAUUACGAUCGUCGAUCGGUUACGAGAGGUUUUUUGUUUUUUUUUUCUAAUCAUCACCACAGAAACACACUGACUAACGACGAUAAUAAUAUUACGUCGACGUGGUUUUCCAACAGCUUAAGGACAUUGACGUUUAAAAGAAAUCGGCGUCAUAUCGAUAGUCUACCCCGGCAGCCCUAGCCCCUCUCCCCUCCUUCUUCUCCGUCGUCGUUUCGUGUUAUUAUAUUAUCCGGUAAAUGUACAUAAAAAAAAAAAAAAAAUAAAACCAAACGACCGUAUUAUUUUUGUAUCGCGUCCGUGACCUCAGCAGGCGCGUCGUGCACCGGUUUUUAGAAGUAUUUUCACCGACGACUCGUGCGCGUAUACUUAACCCGUUUGACGGCGUGCUCAGUUUAGUAGCGAUCCGAUCGUUACCAGUUCGCCAUCGCGCCCGCUGACCACCUGCUCCACGUUAUACGACCUCUCGGGUAAGGCGCCAUCAAAUAUUAUUUUAUUACGAUUACGAUUACGAUUUUACUUUUCUUUUUCAUAUUUUUUUUUUUUCACAAUUCAAUCACCUAUAUUCAAAUAAAAUGUAUUAUUAAUUAUUUUCGGUUAACCCGAUAAAUAUUUUGACAGGUAUACCCGUCUACUUCGAACGGGAGUGUAGCGUUUAUUUUCGGCGCACCGUCCACAGUCGAACAGAUUUUAAAUUUUAAUAAUAACAAGCUUAUUUUUUUUCUCCUAUACUCGAAUAAUGUUCGUUUGUCUGUGUACAAUAUAGUUACGUGUUACGGGCGAUGUCGUAAAUAUCGGAUAACGUCGAAUUUUCGUUCAGUCAAUACGAUUUCGUGCUGUUGCAUUUCGAUAUUAGAACGAAUCGACUUGUGAUAAUCAAUUGAAAAGGUAAGAAUAUUAUCUCUGUUUGUGCGUUGGUUGUUCUUUUCGAUAUUUAAAUUUUUAAGCGAGUUACGAUUUUUAAGAUUAAAUAUUUCAUAAUAUGCCCGUGGUGUUUAAAACGCCGAGGAAAAAAACAACGUACAAAUAUAGAUAAUUUUCUUGGUUCAAGUUUGAUAGUAGGCCGAUUCAUUGUGACAUUAAAAUAUGAACAAUAUAAAAUUGGAUUUAACGUACGAAAAUUCGACGUUGUUUAAAUUUCGUUUAGCAAAACCGAUAGUUCGCGCCGUUAGUUUUUAUAUUAGAUUCUAAUAAUUAGAACCAAUUGGCCUGUUAUCAAAUUUAAAUGUAAAAACAAGGGUUUGUACUUUGGUAUUUUUUUUCAAUAUUUUAAUUUUUCACACGCUCGUGUCUCGUUUGAAAAUUUAAAUAUUGAAAAAACAAAACCAACGCACGAACACAGAUUAUUUAAGUUUGAUAAUUGGUAUAACAUUAUCCAAUCUUCGACGUAGCCGUAACGUUAUGAAUAAUAUUAUGAUGCGUUUUCAUUAUUAGCUCUAUUAUGAGCUAAAUCUCUGUUAAAAAGGCUACAAUACGAUUGAGAACGUUCGAAAUGGAACAAUGAAAUAGCCGCUGACUCUUUGGAGUACUAUUGAGAAAAAAAAUAUGUGCGAAGUUGCCGAACUAUAUUCAAGUCAAAGCUCAUAAACAAAUUAUGAAAAACGUAUGCAAAAUGUAUAAUUAAACGGUAUUUUGGGAGUUUAAAACAAUUCGAUUUCCACCACGUUCGUAGGAUAUAAGUCUUGGUUAUUUUCCGUUUUGUUUAAGUAUUAACGUAAAAUAUUUCACGCGUAAAACGCAUAAUACGGGGGGAAACCACGUACUGAGCAAUACACUAAUGUGUAUAUUUUGAUUAUUCGCUGCAAACAAUUCGUUCAAUAUCAUUAAUGAUGGAUUCAGUAAUAUGCCAUCUCAAACAACAGUAGGUAAUCAUUAAACUCGAUUACAAUACGAGAAAUAUAUAUAUUUUUGAUAGGUUUAAUUUUCAGAUUUCGUGGAAUCAUGAAAACCGAGCGUUCUCAAUCUUAACAGUCAAAAGUGUCAUUAAAAAAAAAAAAAAAAAAAAAAAAAAAAGGAACGUUCGCAAUCAUCGUAUUUCUGUCGUUAAAAAUAAUAGCGUGUACACAAGUUUUAACCAUUACUUCUUUUUCAAAACCACAUAUUUAUUAUUUAUAUUACUGGCUUAUAAAUUUCAUCUUUCAAGUCGUCUAAAAGUCAUCUGCCUUAUAUUUUAUUUAUAAAUCAUAAAAUAUUACAAUAAUUUGUGUGUAUAUUCAAUACACUGCACCAUUUAAUUGACAAUAUCAGCAAUAAUAAUACGGGCAUGAAUCAUAAUUUAAUUACUGACAAUUAUUUUUCUUAUCGUUUUUCCUUAUAAUUGAUUGUUUCUUUUGAACCGUCAACAUUAUAUGAACUGAUUUUAUUAUUGUUCGAACGCAAUUAUCAAUUAUGAAUCAUUACCGAAAUUCGAUGUGAAAUUUUAUAAUGGGGUGCUCGAAACGGCCCGGGCACCCGUCUACACGACACCUAUACGGAUUAUAACGAGCCGUGCGACAGUAGUGUCGGGUUACUCGGGUUUCUUGACAUUUGUAACAGCCACCGCGAUGAUGUAUUAUCGUCCGGCGUAUGGGUGUCGAGUAUUUUCGAUUUUUAAAAACUUUGAUAGCGCGUUGGCUUUCAUUGGAUUGAAAAGAAAAUUAAUAUUUUUAUUUCUGGCACAACACCAGUGAGGCCGGAAACAACAAUAUUAUACGCUAUGGCGGUCAGCCAUUUUGUCGAGAGCGUUUUUACUAUUCUACCGGUACCAAUAUGACGAAAAUAUCGGGUUUUUAGUUGCGGCCGUAUUGUUCCGAGGGUGAGACAUUGCAUUCUAAUCAUUAAUACGCCUGAACGCUCGAACGCGGGCGAAUAGUCAAAAGACCAAAGUCAAAAAUCUUUAAUACGACAUUUUUUCUGAGGCCGCGGGGUAAACCUAACCUUACCUACAGUUUACUCGUACAUGUAUUUUAAUAUGUUUUAAUGAGCGUCGUCAUUUCGUUUUGACGAUGACAGAUUUUUUCAAUACAUUAUAAAUAAUCGUACGAGGAUCGUUAUUUUAAUUUUAUAAUUUUGUUACGAGGUCGACAAUAUGUAUUCCGUGACCACAUUUCAACGUUUGUGUAAUAACGCACAUUAUAAUAUUAUAAUGUAUACAUAUAUUAUAUGGCGUUAUUAAUACUUUCUCGAGGGGCGGGAAAACGCACAUAAAAUCCAUAAAACCUAAUUAAUUUUAUAGGAGUUAGACGAACGCGUUUGAAAUUCGUUUGGAAUGUCAUACCUAUUUAUAUUAUAUUAUUAUGUCGAAAACAUCGCGGUUUCGUGUCCGAAAAAAUGUAGUUAUUUAAAUGCAUCGCGUGGUUACGAAAAGAAAAAAAAAAACGAUCGUUACCGAUAAAAUCGCGUACUUAAACAAUAAUUAAUUUAUUAUUACUUCGAAGCAACGAAAAUAAAAAAAAUAAAUAUCAUAUCCAAAAAAAAAAAAAAACAAUAAACGAUGACCUACACGCAUUUAUGUUCGUAAUUAUUUAAGGUCGAACGUACUUAUAUAGAUGUAUAGAUAAUAAGGUUAUUAAUAAUAAUUAAAAAAUAAAAAAUGGUUGAACAUUUUUAAUCUUUCGAAUUUUUUUAACCUAAAGAACCAGGUUUUCCUCAUUAUAUCGAAUAUUAACGAGAAUUCCAAAAAAAUAGGUCCUUAAAGUACCACCCAGAGACCAUUUUCUUACAGAAAAAUAUGGUAUAUUUGAUAAUUAAAAGAGUAAGCUUUUUGGUAAAAACAGUGUUCACAUAUAAAAAUAAAUAUCAUUGUAAAACCAAUACGCUCCGAUCAGAAUCUAACAAGUCGAUAUAUUAUUGGAAAAAUCUCGAGUUUUAUGAAGUUUUAUUAAGUAUUAAAUUUAGUAAAAUUUGAAUUUUUAUAAAAAUGUACUACCGUGUUAGUCACUGUCGAAAACACGUAUAUGUACUUAUAUAUAUAUAUAUAUACAUAUUGUAUCGGUAAAAAAAAAGUGUUAACUCUAAUGACCGUACAAUAUACGUAUUUGGGUUUUCGUAUCCCCGAUUAUAUUUUAUUUCUAAUUACGCUUACCGAUUACGAUUGAUUAACUCUGACCGUAUAUUUUUGUAUUAAAUUGCACUAGCCGGUGAAACAAUAUUCCGCUUGGUGCAAUAAUAAAAAUUCGAUUAUUGUUCGUAGCAAUUUAAUUAUUUUUUGUAUGAUAAUAUGAUAAUAAUAUAUCAUUAUCAACAAUGCAGAACGAGUAAAAAUCCGCGGCACCGAUACGAUAUUAUCGUAACUACGCAUUUCGUCGAUAAAAAUUAUUAUUGAUAUCGCUUUCCGUAAUGUAAAUCAUGCGAUAAAUGAAAUAGGAACAAGCGUGUUUUAUCAUAGAUGUUUUUUUAUUUUUUUUUUUUGCAAUCCAGAUAGUAACGAAUAACGAUUUUCGUUCCAAAUAUUUUGGAUAGACGAUAUUAAUAUUUAAUCGAAAAUACCCAAAUAAUUCGUAUAAAAUAUUUUUCGCGUAAGACCUCAUCGAUAUUGUGUGUCGUUUUGUUCCCGACAUGUAUACGUCUAAAAUCAGUCCGGUUUCAUUAUGAAUGUACGCAAUUUUUUUUUCAAAUUCACCGCACGUUCGGUUCAGUAAACCGACUGCUGCGCGAAAUCCUACAGACGCGAUCCUACACCCGUUCGUCUGAAUUAAUAAUAUUAGAUCGUUGAAGAUCACGCGACCCGUUCGCCAAUGCGACACUAAAACAAUGGUAAUCGCGACGAAUCCGUUAGUGUAUAGAAUUAUACAAGCAAUCAGCAUCACGAAAAACUGAAAAACCGAAUAAAUCUUUUACGAAAUCGAAUAUAUAAGUAAACAGCCUAUACAGGGACGGUUAAUAAUAAUAAUAACAGUGCGAGAGUGCCUUCGGAUUUUCUAUGCAAAAUUGGUUUUUUUUAUUGUUUUGGGGAGAUGCUGAUGUUCUGUGUACUAUGUUCGAUUUAUUUAUAACAUCGGAUACUUCGAGAGUGAAACUCUUUUAUUUUGCAUUUUCGUCGUUUUUCCAUUACUCAGCUACUGGUAUAUUACAAGCUAAUAGGUUUUUUGUUUUUUUUUUUUUAGUUUAUUUCUAUAAAUUCAUAAAAUCGUGUUGGCUUACGAACACGUCUCUUUUCAACUGUAUUGAUUUCGUAUAUUACACUGUUAUAUCUCACGCAGGACAAUUAUGAAACGUUAACUCGCUAUUAUUUUCUAUUAAUAAACGGUUGAUAACUGUACAUUUUCCGAUGAUAGAGUUAGUUUUGUUUGUGUUUCCAACGCCAAUACAUUUUUUUCAAGGUCCACCGAGUGUUCGGUAACCCAUAUCGAUCGAUCAAUAUUAUAAUCUAAACAUUACGUGACCUGUGUACGAAUUCAAAUUAUUUCGUUUUUAGUUAUUAUACGAUCAGCUGAUAUUGGCCUUUAUAAAAAUGUAGUAACGCUUCGAAAAUAUAAUAAGAAUCAAAACAACGCUUUUGGCCAAAAUAAUAAGCGUUAUUUUUUCCCCGACGUAUAGUAGUUAUCGUAUAAAAAUUACAAUCCUAGAGAAUAUCGAAGGUGAUGCAUGUCCGAAAUGAUAAUUGCGUUGUGUGUUACAUCGACGGGGCUCGUAAUAAUAUUACUCGAUUUAAAAAAAAUCAAAAACAAAAUGUGUUUUAAGGACCGGAUAAUAAUUUUAGAGCUUUCGAAAUUGUUUGUUUAGAAUAUGCAGGCCAUUAAAAUGCGGUUUAUCAUCAGCUUGACCCUGUUAUGGGCUGUCGUCUGCAGUGCGCUAAACAGUUCUGAAUUUAGACUGCCCGACAAUUUCAAACCGAUCAGCUAUCGAUUGGACGUAACCACACAUUUGGAUGACAAAUUCGUAUUCGAAGGAGUAGUUGAUAUAAAAGUGAGUGUGUUGACAAUAUUUUAUUUCAUAACCUGUAAAAUUAUAUAUAGGAUGAUUCACUAUACGUGUUCAUCCUAGUUUUUUGGUUAAAUCUUGCAUAUAUUCAAAUUCUGAAUUUUGGAAUUUUCAAUUGUAGUUAAAGCCAAUACUUGCGGAUACUUAGAUUAUUCACAACAUUUAAGGAGAAUCCUGUGGUGAUAUCAACUUUGGUUUUUCAACCUAUAUUAAAAAUUCCAUAGAUACAUGGAGUAUUAAUUUAAAUAAAUGUCGGUUUUCAAAUUUUUGAUUUCCGUCAACCCGUUGACGAGAUAUUCCAUUUUUAAGUUAAGAUAGGCGGAGAGAAAACCAAAUUUGGUAUCGCUACAGGAUACUUUUAAAAUGCUGUAAAAACUCUAGGUAUUCAAAAAUAUCGGCUUUAACUACACUUAAAAAUUCCAAAAAUUAGAGUUUGAAUACAGUGGAUUCUGCGUAAUAUGGUCACCGGUUAAUGCGGGCAGCCGCUUAAUAUGGGCUUAAUGGUCUUAUUUUAUUAAAACGAACAAUCACUUAAUAUAGGCAAAUGUAAUUGGUCCUAACAUUAAGCUCAUAUUAAGCGGAAUCCACUAUAUAUAUGCAAAAUUUAACCAAAAAAAAAUGGGGUAAGCACGUUUAGUGAAUCAUCCUGAAUAAUAUGUAACUCUCGUAACCGUAAUUUUAGAUAAUUUGUUCGCAAGACACCGAUACCGUAGUUUUGCAUUCAAGCAAUUUAAACAUCAACACUAAAGGGGUUGUCGUAGCCAACAACGAUGGAAAAAUCUUCCCGGUGAGUAGCAUUGAAUUUAUUUCGAAAAACGAGCUGAUGUUCGUGAAAUCGUCUGAAAAAUUAAAAUCCGGCGGCGAAUACGUGCUGACCAUACCCUUCACGGGAAACAUUACCGACGAUCUGGUGGGUUACUACAAGAGUAGCUAUUUGGACAAAGACACGAACCAAACGAAGUAGGUAGUUUGUUGUGGUACAUUUGGUAAGUUAUCGUUAACGAAUAAUUUAUAAAAUAUUUGUACAGGUGGUUGGCGGUUACACAGUUUGAACCGGCAGACGCCAGAAGAGCUUUUCCGUGUUUUGACGAACCUGCGAUGAAGGCGACCUUCAAGAUACGGUUGGGCCAUCAAAAGGACUUGACUUCCGUCAGUAAUAUGCGGCUGCUAAAAACUACUCCUAUGUAAGUCCGUAAGACUAGGAUUUUCGAUUAGUUAAACUGUAAUUUUGUAUUUUGCAUAUUUAGGCCAUCUAACCCGGACUACGUGCUCGACGAAUUCGAAGACUCAGUUCCGAUGUCCACAUAUCUGGUAGCGUACAUGGUGUCGGAUUUUGCGUUUGUAGACUCUGAAAGUCAAGACGACGAGGUAAAAUUCAGAAUUUUAGCAAGAAAAGGAGCGGUCGACCAAACGGAACUCGCUAAACUCGCGGGACCGUUGGUUUUGAAAUACUACGAGGAUUAUUUCGACGAAAAGUUUCCGUUGACCAAGCAAGACAUGGUGGCUAUACCAGAUUUUUCGGCCGGUGCUAUGGAAAAUUGGGGUCUCGUUACAUAUAGGUAAAUAAUUACAUGAUAAAUGUCAAAAAGAAAUAACUUAUUUUCAACAAGUUAUCAACUUAUUAUCUAUAGCCUUCCUGUCCUACCUAAUUCCUUAUUUAACAUUCUAGUAUCAAUUUUCCUCACAUGUUUAAAGAUCUGUGGACACUCUCAAAAAAAUAUUAUAACAAUUGUUUGUAUAAUGUGUAGAGAGACCGAACUGUUGAUUGACCCGACCGUGGCUACCUCCGCAAACAUACAUCGAGUGGCCGAGGUUAUUGCUCACGAACUCGCUCACCAGUGGUUCGGUAACUUGGUCACCAUGAAAUGGUGGACCGAUUUAUGGUUGAACGAAGGAUUCGCAACGUAUGUUGCGGCUCGCGGUGUGGAUUUCGUAAGUAUCUGGAAUUGGAGGUUGAAAUUUACUCUAGAAUAAAUAUAAUAAUUAUCACGUUCCAUACUGCAGUUAUAUCCCGAAUGGAAUUCGUUCCAAGUAGAAACCGCUCAAAACUUCUUGCAAGUAUUGGGUCUCGAUUCGCUUAAAACCUCGCACCCCGUGUCUGUGCCGGUAGGACAUCCCGACGAAAUCGCCCAGAUUUUCGACACAAUAUCGUACACGAAGGGUUCGUUUUUGUUGCACAUGAUGAACUCGUUCCUCGGCGAGGAAACAUUUAAACAGGGUAUCAGGAACUAUAUAGAUAAACACAAGUUCUCUAACGCUGAGCAAGACGAUCUGUGGAGCUCGUUAACGGAUGAGGCACACCGAGUUGGUAGUUUGGAUAAAAACACCACAGUCAAAGAAAUAAUGGAUACAUGGACGUUGCAAACCGGAUAUCCAGUUUUAAAGGUCACCAGGGAUUACUCUAGUGGAAUGGUGACGUUAUCACAGGUAUGUUGCAUCAUCAUAAUCGUGCUCGUGGUAUUUUCAUUAAAGGAACAUUGUAUCAUUAUUUUGGUUUUUGUAAUUGAACAGGAACGGUACCUGGCGAUCAAACCGAAUGUUACGGAUCAGAAAUCUUGUUGGAUGAUACCGUUAACCAUGACGAAUUCGGCGGAUGUAAAUUUUAACAACACUAAAGCGGAAAUAUUUUUGGACUGCAAAACCAACGUGACCUUAUCCAUGUCCAAAGACAUUGGAUGGAUUAUUUUCAACAUGCAAAUGGCCGGUAAGUUAUAAAGUAAAUAAUAUUCCAAAUGUUCUUAACGGUCAACACACGAUUAAAAUGUAUUUUAUAUUUUUCUUGUUUAGGUUUGUUCAGGGUUUUAUAUGAUUCGCGCAAUUGGAUGGGAAUCAUAUCCACGUUAAACGAUCCGAACGGAUUCGAAAAAAUACAUACAUUAAACCGAGUACAAUUGAUUAACGAUAUAUUUAGCUUUUCGAAAACCGGUGAUGUCGAAUACGGUAUCGCGUUUCACAUGUUGAAAUAUUUAAAACACGAAAAAGAAUAUUUGCCGUGGAUGGCUGCUUUGAACGGCUUGGAACCGAUCAACAAAUUGUUAAAGAGGACCUCGAACCAAGGGGAAGUACAGGUAGGUGGAAUUAUACAUUUCCGUAUUGUCUCUAUUGUAUUAAUUAUAAAUUAUUAUCAUUGAUGUUUAGAACUAUAUGCGGCGUUUACUGUCACCCGUGUAUACUAAUUUCCGAAACAUGAACGAAGAAGUAAAAGGUUUCGAAGAGAUACGGUUCAAGAACAUGAUUAUCGCUCAAGCGUGCCGAAAUCAAAUGAAGGACUGCAUUCAUCAAUCUCUGGAGUUGUUCUCAAAUUGGAUGACAGCCGAAGACCCAGACAAUAAUAACCUGUGAGCGUUUAUUAACUAUAUUAUAGCCUAACAUUUCAAAUCUAAAAAUGUAUAUUACAGGUUGCCGAGAGAGCUGAAAAGCAUAAUUUACUGUCAAGCGAUCAAGAACGGUGGUGUGGACGAAUGGGACUUUUUAUGGGAACGUUAUCAGAGGUCUAACAUCGCGUCGGAAAAAGCGAAACUACUGUCGGCAUUGGGGUGCAGUUCCGAAACGUGGUUGCUUAACAGGUUGGUACUAAAGUUUGCGUGUAAGGAAGUAAAUUACAUUUUUUAAUAAUAAAAAAAAACAACUUUUUUUUUAGAUACUUAAACUGGACGAUCGGAGAUAACGCCGUUAUUCGCAAACAAGACGCCAUCACGGUGUUCUAUUCUGUCGCGAGUAGUGACAUCGGAUUUUACGUGGCCAAAGACUUUUUGUACCGUAAAAUUGCAGAUAUUUCACAAUAGUAAGUGAACGUGUGAAGACAUUUGCAAGUGAAAACAUACUUAAUCUAAUUUAACGCGUUUUUAAUUUGUCCUCCAUAGUUUCCAACCUAGAGGAGACCGUGUCGGUAGAUACGUAAGCGUUAUCGGAUCCCAAAUGAAAACUGUAGAAGAACUAGACGAGGUAAUUAUACAGCUCGAGUUGUUAUGUAUUUGAAAAGCAAUGGUUGAGAAAUGUUUUUUCUUGUUUUAUUAUUACAGAUCCAAACGUUUAUUGAUAAAUCCCCGUCGUAUUUGAAAGGAGCCGAUUUAACCAUCAAUCAAACGAUCGAGACCAUCAAGAUAAACAUUGAAUGGACUGAUAAAUUUUAUAAGCAAAUCAUUACGCACAUGCUGUGAUGUGUUAUUAUGAUUAUUAUUAUUAUUGAGCAUAAUUUUAAUGUUUAAACAGUUUUAUUUAAUUUGUUUAGUUUUUAAGUAUCGCGAUCACAAAAUUGCUGUACAGAUAUUUUAGAAAAUCAUUGUCAAGAAAACGCGUUCCAUCAAUACCAUUUUCCUAUUCCAUUUUCCAUUUUAACUACUUAUAUUUUUAUUCUAAUGAUGAUGAGUUAAUUUUUUUUUUUCAGAAAGUAUGUUGUAUUAUCAAUAAAAUCAAAUUUAACUCGUUUUUUUUUUUAAACGUCAACAAAUUAUAUAUUAUAUAUUCUUUUUUUUUCACAAUUUAACUUAUCACAAAUAAUACUAUGUACAUAUAUUAUUUUUAUAAUAAUAAUAUAAUAUAAUAUAUAUAUAUAUAUAUAUAACUACUCGGUGUUAUUAAUUUUUUAUGUAUAUAUUAUAAUAAUUAAUAAUUAAAAUUAUAUUAUAAUGUCGCUCUCUUUCCAAAAGAGAUAAAAAAUAAGUAUUCGAAAAUCAUUAAAUAUUUCUUUAACAACCGUAAUAAUAUUAUCGUUGUUACAAUAUGUAUUUAUUUAUCCUAUAUAUUAAACGUUUUCAAACCGCUCGUGUAAAUAUCUGAUUCAUAAUAAUGUAAUAAUACAAUACAUAAACUAAUAAUAUUAUCUAAAAAUAUUUAUCUACAUUUACUCGUAUUCGCGUUGCUAUAAUAUAGUAUUCAUUACAUCAUGAAAAAAAAAAAAUGGUAUCUUCUAAUAUCAGAAUUGACACUAUAUUUUUAUUGUUGUACACAUAACGGCCGGUAGUCCUCAAUUAUUUCAGUUGGUCCCUUGCCACGCGUUUUGUAAUAAUAGUUACACAUAAACAUAAUUCAUAAAUAUCUACGGACCGAUUAGUACCUGUAUACAGGGUGAUCAACAUGACGAAAAACACUCAUUAUUUUGGUAAGCAUUAACUUUAUCGGUAUUAGUUUUAAAUAACGUUUUAAUAAAUCAAAAGCUCUAAAAUCUCGUAUUACUCAUUUUUUUGGCUCCCUUUUUUUAGGAUGUAAAACCACUACCUACUUUUGAUUUUAAAAUGACAACUUAUAUUAAAAAUGUCAUAAAUGUACGGUGUAUUAAUGUAUUAGUUUAAAUCAAUUUUGGUGUUGAAUUUAUAAUUUCCAUCAACUGGUUAACAAGCUACAUUUUAGUAACAUUUUAAAGCUACCUACUAAUUUCUUUAAUGUUCUGAAAAGCUAAUUCCGAAUAAAGUGUAUACUUUCUGAGAUAAUAAGUACCUUAUAUUAUGUUGGUCACUCUGUAAAAACACGGAAUAACCAAAAGGGACACCCGAGGGGAAAAAAAAUACCAAGUAAUCACGUGAAAAUAUUAAAACUCAAAAAAUACAACAAUAUCUACAUAGGUACCUAUACAAUUUGUAUGUUUAUAUCCUACCGACGCGCGGCGCAAGCAAUAAGCAUUCGGUUACACUACCUAGUCAAAAAUCGAAAUAUCGCUUAAAACCAUGUAAUAUAAUUUAUGAGUUUUUAGUAUGAAACUUGUGAGCUCGACUCAACGCAAAUAACGAAUUACCGAACUGCACGAAUAUGAAACAUGUAUAGAUUGGUACAAAAGAAAAGGACGGGGUUACGAAAAAAAAAGCAAGCGGUGAAAAAAACAAUAUAUUUAUUUUAUAUAUUAUAAUAUAAAAAGUAAUAUUAUUGGUUAGUAUUUCAUAUUAUAUAUAGUACCAUACAACAGAUACCUACACCAUAUUUUAAUACCAUUUUUGUGCCUACACUACAAUAGAAGUCAUUUUUAUUAUAUUUGAUAAUGGACUGCAGAUUUCGAUAACUUACUCCGAUAAUUAUUUUUGUGAAAAUGUUUAAAAUAUUAUCGUUGAAUAUAUAAUAUAGUUAGUGGUAUUAAAAUAUAGGGUAGGUAUCUAUUAUAUGGUACUAUAUAAUAUGUAGUACUAACCAAUAAUAUUACUUUUUUACCAUUUGCUUUUUUUUCAUUUACUUUUUUUCCAUAUGCUUUUUCUUUUACUUGGUAUUUUUUACUUGCUUUUUUUCCGUUGCUUUUCUUUCCUAUAUUCGAAAAAACAUACUAUAUUUUUCAUUUACCCGACUUUGGGACGCAAUCGAAUGUUUAUCUACCUGCUAAAACCGGACGGAAUCGGGCAGGGAAAAAAGGGACGGAAUCGAAUGAAAUGGUAUCCCUCCGUGGUUAUUCAAUGUGGUAUAUACAGUGGCGGAUCCAGAGUGGGGGCGACGGAAUGAUUUGCCACCCCAUUCAAACAUUGUAGUGGAGUAGUAAGUUUCGGUUCACAAGGUCUUUUAAUUUACUAUUUUUAGCACUAUAUUUGCACUUUUGCCUCCCCCUCCCCAAAUUAAGUUCUGGAUCCACCCUUUGGUAUGUAGAAAAUAUAGGCCCGACAGGGUUCGUUCGGAUGCCAGGCAUUAUUAUAGAUCUCACCAGCCUAAAAUAUAUCCAACGUUUCGACCAUAUUGAGCAAUUAUAAUAAUAUUGUAUCGUAGUUUACAUUAUGUUGUUGUAAUUUGGUUUAACUGUCGGCGUGUGCGGCAGUAUUUCCGAUAGUUUGACGUUUAUGGGCAGCCGAUUAUCGUAUAGAGUGGGAGCCUGUAGAAUUAUGCCCGCUGAUCCCAUGGUUACGGCCAACGUGAAUAUCCACAAGAAUAACCUGUCCAACACCAUCGCGACAUAUUUCCAGUCUUCUUUGAUCUAUAGAAAGAAAAACAUACAUCAACGACGUUUAAAAUGAUACCUACUAACUUCUGCGGUUUAUAUCAGGGGUGCUAUUCUAAUACUUUUUUCUCUUCUUCUUCUUUUCUUAUGUAAUCGGCUAUGAAGGCAGCUCCUUCGGCGGCUUUGUGGAGUUCCGGACAAUCAUGCCAGUGUUUUUUACCCUUAGGGAGCGGAACGUUUUGAUUUAUUAUUUCUGGUGGGCUGGGCAACGCUAUUAUCGGUCCGUGUAUCUCGCAACAGCCGAUAACUCCGCU